ACGUGCAGCGCGAUGGUGGGGACGUCGCUUUGGAUGGCUCCGGAGGUGAUGACAGGCGAUCGAUAUGACCACAAAGCCGACAUGUUUUCCUUCGGUGUCGUGUUGUCUGAGCUAGAUUCGCACUCGCUGCCGUACACGCAGGCCAAACAGGAGAUGCAGAGCACCCAAGGCCGGCAGAUGACCGAUGCUACCCUCCUCCAAAGAGUGGCCAUGGGGGCGAUUCGAGCGGAGUUUUCAAGCUCAAGGCCCCAGUCGAUGGUGGAGCUUGGUCGUGCCUGUGUGUCACUGGAUCCAAAUAUGCGGCCGAGCGCUGCUGAAGCUCUGUUUAGACUUCAGGUCGUUUUGUCAAAGGAAAUGAUGUGA